AAACUUCGCGCAAAUUUAUAGAUAUAUAUCAUAGAUUACGCAGAUCGUAUUGUAGACACGCAUAUAUAGACUUAGUAGUCCAUCACAUGUGACACAACGUAGUAUGCACGAGAUAUUUUACGAUAAAUCGACCAGAAUUCAAAAUGAAAAUCGUAGGGUUAUUGUCGAUCGCAGUAUUGCUCGGCUGCUGCAGUCAGCCAAGUCAAUCCUUACGAGUUUUAGCGAUUUUCCCGGCUAAUGCUAAGAGCCACUUUGUAGUAUGUGAGCACGUGGCCAAAGGUUUGGCAGCCAAAGGCCAUCAAGUUGAUGUUUACAGUCAUUUUCCUUUAAAAAAACCUAUUCCCAACUACAAUGACUUCAGUCUCAAGGGUACUCUACCACAGUACAUCAAUAACAUGAAUUACAGCGAUGCGGUAACUUUCCAGAUGAUUAACGUGGGUACGCUUUUAAAUUUGAUGGGGCACCCACUCUGUGAAUUAAUGGAACUCCCAUUGUUUCAAAACCUUUUGAAAAACCCACCGAAAGAUCCAGCUUACGAUGUGCUACUCGUUGAGCCGUUCGUAUCUAAUUGUUAUCUGGCUUGGGGGCGUCACUUGAAUAUACCAAUCGUCAACAUUAUCCCAUCGAACGUUUUGGACUGGGUUCACGCGCCCCUUGGUAAUCCUUUCUUUACGGCGAUCAGCCCUGGCAUGGGUUUUACUGGUCUUCACCCUAUGACUUUUUGGCAGCGUCUUGGCAAUACGCUUUUGCACAACUUGAUAGUCCACUCGUUCAACCAAGAGGUUCGCGUUCAAGACAAAUACGUGGAGAAGUAUUUCGGGCAAGGAUAUCCUAAUGUCGUGGAAAUGCAAAAGGAAAUUGAUUUGGUACUCGCUAACACUCAUCACUCGCUCGAUGGAGUAAGACCAUUGACACCGGCCAUUAUCCCUGUCGCUGGUGUACACAUUUCCGAAGACGAUCCGCCGCUGUCUAAGGAAGUACAAAAAUGGCUGGACGAAAGUACUAAAGGCUGUAUUUACUUCACGCUUGGAUCGAUGCUGAGAUUUGAAACAUUUCCGAAAAAUAUAAUUGAUAUGUUUUACACGAGUUUUGAAAAAAUAGCCCCAGUUCGUGUUCUUAUGAAAAUUGCAAAACCCGAAGAACUACCUUCAGGCUUGCCAAAAAACGUUAUGACACAAACCUGGUUUUCUCAAGUUCACGUUUUAAAGCAUAAAAACGUCAAAGCAUUUGUCACUCACGGUGGUAUGAUGAGUUCACUUGAAGCAAUACAAGCAGCUGUACCUAUGGUAGGCAUUCCAGUUUUUGGAGAUCAACCCACAAAUGUGCAAUUGAACGUCAAUAAAGGAAUAGCUCAGUUAAUAGAUCUCAAAGACAUAAGCGAAGAAAAAGUUACAUCGGCUCUCAAAGCCGUCUUGUUCGAUCCAAAAUAUCAGAAAAAUUCACAAGAACUAGCAAAACGAUUUCUAGAUCGACCAAUGAAACCAAUUGACACAGCCGUGUAUUGGAUAGAGUACGUCGUUCGUCAUGGCAAAGGCUCAUUACGUUCUCCGCUCUCCGAAAUGCCUUGGUGGCAAUCAUCUCUUCUCGAUAUUUAUGCAUUUCUGGCUCUUGCUCUAAUUAUAGUUUUAUUCAUUUUGACACGUAUCAUUAAAAUAAUUUGUCGAUUAUUUGGUUGUGCCGGUAAUAAGAAAGUGUCAAAGACAGCGCUAUUGAAGAAGAAAAAUUGAAUUGACAAAGUAUAUUUUGUAGAAAUAAAUUAAAAUGAAUCAGAAUGA